AUGACUAUUGCUGACGAUGCGCAGCUGUUUCAAACGCUAGCAGAUCGUUCAAAAAAUGCUGAGGAGCGUCCCUUGCUUCGGGAGUAUAUCUCACAGGCUCUGGAUAAGCUCAUGGAGAUUUCUCUAAACGAAUGCAUUCAUAAGCAGUGUCUGAGAUUUUUAGCAAAUUCUUGUAGCGAAGAAGAUGGUAAUCGUGCUACCUUUUUUGAAAAUAAAGGUCUUGAUGUAUUGAAGAUUUAUUGUGCAAAAGCAGACGAAAACUCUGCUCUUGCUUAUGCUGUUAUUCAUAACUGUAUCUUAGAUUCAAAAAAAUAUCGAGCAAAGGUUGCUGAGACCGAAAUCUUGCAUCUUGCUAUCACAUAUUGGAUUGAUUGGCAACACAAGUUAGCCGCUCCAUUCAUUAAUAUGCUUUCUGUCAUUUGCGAAUUAUUGUAUCCAUUUUCUAAGGAUGCGACUUUGGUCUUCGCUGGAUUGCAGGUUCUACCUUCUAUGUCCCGAUCAGAUAUUGAUUCGUAUUCCAUAUUUACAAAAGCAUUUGACAAUCCAAAUAUUUGUACAUCUUUCGCAAAUAACUGUGAUAUCCUAAUCGAAUCCAUUGAGUUGGUCCUCAUGCAACGUGAUUUUCACCAAAAAAUUCCCAUUUUAAAUCUUUUCCCUCGAAUCGCCGAACACAAUGAAAUCUUAUCUACCAAUCUUCAUCGGAAUAGUGCGUUUCUUGAAUAUUUAAAAAAGUUUUUACUUUCAGAUGAUUCAGCGCGCAUCACCAUGGCAGCGCUUUUCAUUGGAAAUCUCACUAGAAAUGAUCACAUCUCAAGUGCCCUUUUUCGUGAGAACUUUCCGGAAAUACUUAUUGCUUGUAUCCUCAAAGAAAAGAAGAUUGAUGAGAAUGUGGGAAAAAUAUAUGCUUGUUCAGCAGCUUUGAGACACUUUAUGAUACCUCUAUCUUCUCGAAAGCACUUUGCUGGCAAGUCUUUGCUUCUUCAAGACAAGCUGUUGCGUAGCAGUUUUUCACAAUUGCAUUACCUUUCUGUUAGUAUCAUUCGUCUUUCAAUGCCUUACAUUCUUUACAAAUUAGUAAGCGAACCUGAGCGCUUUGAGAAAUUACGUGAAUGCUCCAAAAGUCCUGAUGCGAACCUAUCUCUUGAAAGUAAUCGAGCUAUCUUAGCUUUUAUGAAGCAUGCUCUGAUUAUGCCCAAUCUACCCCAAAUCAUUUGUCAAUUUUUGGAGAAUAAAACUGAGAUUUUCCUUGACAGUGUAUUAACUACCAUUAAUGUGGUAAAUAAUCAUCCUAUUGUUACCGGAGAAGCCGUUUUUGUUGCAAUUUUAAUGAUUAAGCAUGGCAAAAUAUUGUGGCAUUGCUCGUCUUGGUGGAUAAAGACGGUAAAGGCUCGAUUAAAUCUACGGAUUCAUCGUAACGGCUUUGUUUUCUAUCAUCUAAAGUUGAAUACUGAAAAAAAAAAUUAA